UUUUUUUUUCUUUUUUUUGUUAUUUAUGAAUUCUUCUCAUAUUACAUUUAGCAAUGUCACACAUGAGACACUACCCAGCUUGGUUGAUCUUCAUAGACGCGUAUUUCCUGUCAGUUAUGGACAUCGGUUUUAUGAUGAAGUAUUGAAUGCAGGCGAGUUAGCAAAGAUGAUCUAUUACGAUAAUCACUAUGCAGGUGCAAUUUGUUGUAGACUAGAACUCUCAAAAUAUAUAAAAUAUACAGCCAGGAUAUACAUGAUGACAUUAGGCGUAUUAAAGCAUUAUCGAAAUUUAGGCCUUGGCAGUCUGUUAAUUGAGCAUGUCAUGGAAAAAGCAAGAAGCUCCACGAAUCCCAUCAUUACCUCACUUUAUUUACAUGUACAGACAGUGAAUGAAGCAGCCAUUCGGUUCUAUCUCCGCAAUGGAUUUCGAAUACAAACCAUUGUUCAUGAUUACUAUAAACUGAUUGACAAUAGAGAUGCUUAUAUCUUAUCAAGGCCAGUCUAUUCAUACCAUGUAUAAAGAAAUAAAAACAAGAAAGAAAAAAAAAAGAAUUAUA